AUGCUGUGCGCGAGUGGCACGCGGACAGAUGUGCCCCCUCCCCUCCUCCCCCUAAGCUGCUGCGUCCAGAGUCGGCCACAGCCAAUCACAGAGCGCAGCGCCUCUUUUGCGCUGGAGCGGUGCCUCCCAUUGGCCCGGAGCGUGCCGCUGCAGCCCGCCUCGCGUGCCAUUACAGAUCCGCCGCCGCGCUCCUCGCUCGCUUUGUUGUUUGUCCCUGCAGGGCUGAUUGCGCAGCGCGUGACUGACGGCCCGCGGGGGUGUUGUCCAAUCAGCAGCCUGCCCCGCGCCCAAUGGUUUUCGGCUUGGUUAAUGAUGCCUGCAGAUACAAUGGAGAAGCAGACCGCAUCACCCAUUGCUGGUGCCCCUGCGUCUGUAUCACAUACUCCGGACAAACCCAAAAACGCCAGCGAACACAGAAAGUCGUCCAAACCCAUCAUGGAGAAACGCCGCAGAGCUCGCAUCAACGAGAGCCUGGGUCAGCUCAAGACCCUCAUCCUGGACGCUCUCAAAAAAGAUAGCUCCCGACACUCUAAACUGGAGAAAGCGGACAUCCUGGAGAUGACCGUCAAGCACCUGCGAAACCUGCAGCGCGUUCAGAUGAGCGCAGCUCUCUCGACUGAUGCCACGGUUUUGAGCAAAUAUCGUGCUGGUUUCAACGAGUGCAUGAACGAGGUGACGCGCUUCUUAUCCACCUCUGAAGGGGUGAACACAGAGGUGCGCUCCCGGCUCCUGGGACACCUGUCCGGCUGCAUGGGACAGAUGAUGUACCCGCAGCAGGCCCCAUCUCAGCAGCACAUUGCACAGCCCCUCCACGUCCAGCUGCCCUCCACUCUUCCCCUCAGCGGCUCUAAACUCAGCCCCGCAGAGGCCGCUUGUCCGAAAGUCUUGGGUGGUUUCCAACUGGUGCCCGCAAGUGAUGGACAGUUUGCCUUCCUCAUCCCCAGUCCGUCUCCCGUUAUACCGCUCUACGCAAACACAGGGCCCGUGGCUGUGAACGCCAGCCCGGUGCAUGGCAGCUCCCUGCCUCCAACAGCUUCCCCGGUCCACGGCAUGACGUCCUUCUCCGGUGCUCCACAGGCAGUCAGCCCGGUGAGCGUCAGCACCGGCUCUGAGAGCAGCGAGCCCGUGUGGCGGCCCUGGUGA